AUGAUUCUUCUACGGUACCAGAAAGAAUCUGUGCCAUAUUCCACCAAGAAGACAAAAACUAUCUAUGAAAGAAGUAGCUGUUUUCAUUCUUUUUUUCCCGGAUUGGCAUUCGUCUCUUUCCGGACUGGCACUCGUCUCUUUCCGGACUGGCACUCGUUUCUUUCCGGACUAGCACUUGUCUCUUUCCGGAUUGACCCUCGGCCACUUUCUGAUUGGCCGACAAAUCUAUUUCAAUCUAUUCAUUCAUCUAUCUAUCUAUCUAUCUAUCUAUCUAUCUAUCUAUCUAAUUUUGUUCAUGUAUAUCUAUCUGUAUCAUUCUGUUCAUUAUAUAUCUAUCGUUCAUUACCUAUCUUUCUCAUUCUGUUCAUAUCAUCUAUCUAUCUAUCUAUCUAUCUAUCUAUCUAUCUCUAUCUAUUUGUUCAUAUAUCUAUCUCUCAUUUCUGUUCAUCUAUCUAUCAUUAUCUAUCUAUCUUCUAUUCUAUUCAUAUCUAUCUAUCUAUCUAUCUAUCUAUCUAUUCUAUUAUCUAUCUAUCUAUCUAUCUUCUGUUCUGUCUAUCUAUCUAUCUAUCUAUUCUGUUCAUCUAUUAUCUAUCUUAUCUAUCUUUCUCAUUCUGUUCAUAUCUAUCUAUCUAUCUAUCUAUCUAUCUAUCUAUCUAUCUAUAA